UUGACUAACGUUUGCGGCCAUGUGUAUUUGACGGGUGUAGUCGAGAGCAGUGUUAGAAUACGAGCGAGAGUGAACGGACGUACAUCGCACUGCCCACUAGCACUGCAAAUAACUCCUUUUGUUUCAAAAGAAAUGUUAUUAAAAUAGCAAUAGUAAAAAUAUUUAUGUUUUAGGCAAAAAAAACCAAGUGCAAUACGUAUCAUAUAUAAAUAAUUUGCUUUGAAAAAAUAAGGAACUGUGACGAAAACGAAAGUGCUUGUGUGUAGACAAAGGAAAGCCAGAUAAAGUGACUCACUGCCAAAUUUGUCAUUAUCACUGCCAGUGCUGUUGCGCUGCAAUUGCGUCCGCAUUGCGCUCAACGACAACAACGAAUAAAACGAACAAAACAUCUACAACAACAAAAAGAAAACUCAUCGUCCCCCAACUCAAGGAUAGAUAGAAAGAAACAAAACACAAUGGCGGAGGAGAGGGUGGAAGAGAGAGAGUACGAAUUGGGGAUGCUUGAAAGGCAUCGGAAUCACAUUUUGAAAAACAUGGAGAAACUAAUCGAAUACACCGACUAUGACGUCCUCGUGACGGAAACAGUGCGCCGCGGAUUAAUUACGCCCAAAAUGCAGAGCAUCCUCGAGAAUCUGGAGGGGCGGGAAUUCAAUAUGACCGCCGACCAGGUACGACUGGAGCAGCACAGGAAUUACUUCACGAAGAUUAGGACACGUGGACCAACGGCCUACGCCGAGCUCAAGGCAAUCCUCAAUAGUUUGGGCUACCUGAAGGCAGUACAACUGUUGGAGCAAGUCGAUCCGCAGGACAAUGAAUUAUCGUACGUCUCUCUGCGACGGAAUCACAAUAGCAACAACAACAACUGCAAUAAAUCAGCUGAUAUUGUGGAUACCCGUAUCUGCGAUUUGCCGGCAAACGAGCAGCGUCCAAGCGUCAGCCAUCAACAGAUCGUGAUAGAGCCGAAUUCAGUGAAGGAACAACUAACCCACAGUGAUGCCAAGAAACCACUUACCCCAUUUACGGAACCGAUUACGGGUCAGAAACAUGUGGUGAAGCUAUCGGAUCGUAUACACAGGUCUGACCAGGAUACAUAUGCGAUGGAAUCGGAGCACAAUCGUGGCGUGCUCUUCAUUGUGAAUAUCGUUGAUUUUCCGAAUCUGAAGAAUCGACGCAAUGGUGCGGAUAAUGAUGGAGCAGCGCUGAUACAUAUCUUCCGUCAGAUUGGCUUCACCGUCUUCUCGUACGUGAACCUCGAUCAGGAGGAGUUCUUCGAGAAGCUGAAGACGCUGAUCAGUUCGAAUGAUGUCCGAGACACGGAAUGCUUUGUCCUGGUCCUCAUGACGCAUGGCGAGCGUGUCAACGAGGUGGACCAUGUGCGGUUCACCGAUGACAGCGUCUGCAAAGUGCGGAAAAUCAUCAACGAAUUUCAGUCCGAUAAAUGCCCCAAUCUUAUUGACAAGCCCAAGGUACUGAUGUUUCCCUUCUGUCGUGGCGAUCAACCUGAUAAGGGCAAAAUAAUCAAAAGGCCCGAGACGCCGUUGUCAAUAAAAGAGCCCUGUAAGAGCACACAGACGGAUGGUGUUCCCUUUGCUAAUGUGCCCACACUGUCUGAUAUAUUGAUCUGCUAUGCCAGCACGCCUGGCUAUGAGACGCAUCGGGAUGUUGUCGAGGGCAGUUGGUAUAUACAGUGCUUCUGCUAUUGCAUGGCCGAGCAUGCGCACAACACAUCCAUCGAGGAGAUUCUGAGGAAGACCCAAAAGGAAUUGAGCAAAAUGCGGACGGGAAAAAACCAUUUGCAGACCGCCGUCUAUGAGAAUCACGGCUUCAGCAAGCAUCUCUACUUCAAUCCAGGAUUCCCCAGAAAGUGAUCAGCGGAGGACAACCGAGUCACAAACCACACACAGCACAUACUCGACUGAUUCGCAUUUCUCACUCGUUGUCUCCCAAUUAUAUUUAUAUCUGUAUCUAUAGUUAUGUAUCUCUCUAGUUGUAUUUAAAUUUGUAUUUUUGUGCCCACAAUUCGACUUCCAUGUUUGCCAAGCCUAAUCGAAAUAGUCGACGUAUUUUCCAUAUACAGUAUACAAACCUAUUUUUGUAAAGUGUUUUUAAAAUAUACUCAAUUUGACCUUGAUAAAUAAACUACAUAUUUAUUGUAA